UUAAUUUGUUCAUGGCAUCCUGUUCCUGGUCAAAGAGCACCUCUUACUCCCUAGAGUAUAGAACGGAGAAUUGAUUCGGUGCUAACAUUCUACUGCUUUAUAAUCUGCUGUGCCAUGAUCGAAGUCGCCGUGAUUGGUGCCGGUUCGGCCGGACUGGUAACGGCACGCCACCUACUAGCCAGUGGCCUGAAAUGCUGCAUUUUCGAAGCGACCUCCACCAUCGGGGGCGCCUGGUCGUGCCCGCCUUCGCCGCCAUCGAUUACGCCUCACGAUGCUUCCGAUGGGAUGAUGUGGAAGGGGCUCCACACCAAUCUUUCCAAGCACMCCUGCCGCUUUUCGGAUUUYCCCUGGCCCGACGACACGCCGACGUUUCCGUCGAAAGAGGACAUGGAUAGCUAUCUAACCUCCUAUGCCAACGAAUUCUUCCUUGUUGAUUGCAACAAAGACAAAGAGGAYGAGAAAAGCAGCGRCAAUGAWUCUUCGUGUUCACUUCUGUACGAUUGCAAUGUCACUAAGAUCUCGCCGAUCGUUGGAUCUUCUCCUGCCGAUGACCAGCAGUACCGGGUGGAGUGGACGGACUCGGUUCACCAAACAAAGCACUCUAAGGAAUUUGGAGGAGUCGUCAUCGCAACAGGAUUUUUCUCCAGACCCAAGUACCCCUCGGGUUUUCUUCCAGAAAUACUUGGGAAAAUGAACCGCAACGACGACAGCAAUGCGGAUCGCCGAAUGAAGAUCUUGCAUUCCAAGGACUAUGGCUCCCACGAGCUCUUUGCUACGAAGAGCGAAAAGGUUGUGGUGGUUGGAUCGUCGCACUCGGCGUUAGAAAUCGCUGUCGAUGUUUCCAAAUCGGUGGACAAGGACGUUCCCGUCACGGURGUCAUGCCCACAAUUCCGUGGGUAGUCCCCCGGUAUGUACCGGAUCCGGCUGCCACCAGCCCCAGCUUUUUGCCUAUCGACCUGGCCUUUUAUCGCCGACAAAACAGCAAGGAAGAGUGUACCUUUCUGACACCCGAUUCCUGCCGCAAGCGUCACGAGGGKCUCCGGGCGAUUCUGGGAUCGCGGCAAGACUCGAUCCUACCGGUUCCGAGSRAUUCAUUCGGGGAAGCCCCAACGGUGGCCGUGAGCGAUUAUUUCUUGGACCUAGUGGCCGACGGAAGGAUCGAGGUCAUUCACGGGCGUGUAGAGGGCACGACCGACGAUGGAGAGGGAUUGAGGAUUGCCCGGGCCGAUAGCGCAGGCAGCGAUGCGUCGGUUAUGCUGCCAGGCGUGUCUUCCGUAAUUUGUUGCACGGGGUUUCUGCCUGAUCUGGAAUCGUGCUGUGGUCCUCUCGAGGACGGCUCCUCGGAAUCCGAGCCWYUAUCAAUAUUGAAGACCGUCGACUACGAUUCGACCAAUCCGUUCGCUCCCAUGACGACGUACCUCGAAACUCUUCACCCCAAUCUUACCAAUUUUGCCUUUGUGGGGAUGUACCGCGGUCCGUACAUGGGAGCCGUCGAAUUGCAGGCCCGUUUGGCCGCCGGUGUUUUAAGCAAAAAAGUUUCCAUUYCCGAGGAGGAUUUCGAUAAAGGGCUGGAAAUUUCCGAGAGGAUUCGCAAUCCAGAAGAUUCGUCUCUUCGCCCUCAAUUCCCUCGCUUUGACUACAUCGGAUUUAUGGACUCACUGACGGGAUCACUGUUUUCAUCCGGUAGCACAAGGGAGCAAGCGCCUUGKUUCCCGGCCCAGUAUGACCUCACAGAGGGAAGCAUGGUYACCCCAGCCUUUUACCAGCCCRAUCAAGGCAUAGCGGAUCUGGCUCGACACGAUCUCGACCAAGAAAUCGAGAAAGGAACGAACGGACAYCACCUCCCCCGUGUAGUGACGAGUGCUUUGAUCGGRUCUUGGUCGUUCGAGCGAAAUAUUCUCCAUUUUUCCGGUGGCGGCAGAACCAUUGCCCAGCGGCAAUACAUACACGGGAAGGUACGUUAUUCUCGAUCCAAAGACCUCGGCCAYGUGUUGUACAGAGAAGAUGGCCUCUUCGAAAUAUCCGAAUCGAAAUCCCUCCCGGUCUUUCGAGAGUACGAGUACGUGUGCUCGAGAGACGAGGACGGCGGUGGGGGGGCCCUCGAGCUCUAUUUUGUUGAAGGAGGAAAGCGCACAUAUAUUUUCYUGAGCCUCAAGUUUCAGCACCAAGACAAGGAUGGCUACUGGGUUGCCACCAACGAUCACCUCUGCAUAAAAGACCUGUACAAGGCAAACUUUCGAAUCAAACUCRACGGGCUCGCAGCGACGGAAGUCAUCAUCACGUACCGUGUUAAGGGACCUGCCAAGGACUACGAAUCAACGACGRUAAUGAGACCCCAAUAAAAGUACUUCGUAUUUGWAGAUGAAAAGUCUAGGCUUGAAGCUAAAGUUUGUUCUUUUUAGCUUGCACUUUCUMCUAUCACARCGCGAACGUUGUUAUGAAGAAWUUUUUGGUAGACUACUUCUCAUGAUUACUCGAAAAGAACGACAAUUUAAUYCAGUUCAAUGGAGUUCAUGUGCUCUCCAUGAUSCUUCGUUUCGCAUCGCAUGGUUMAAUAAACGAYAGGUUCGUAAUCGAUUGUUUCUGAUCAAACAAUGGUUUUCAUUGCGAAUARAGUUGACUUCACCGCAAGUUGCAAGGAUAGCCAYUGGCGUAAACGAAUGAUUGCGUCAGAAGGAAAAGAAGGUAUUCAGGACGUCCAUUGCAGCGAGAGGUGCAUAUAGAACACCCUGGCCUAGAAWAAUACAAAUUAUCACAUAGA